CGCGCACGUGUCGAGCGACACGCAGGACAAGUGCGUGUGUGACGACCUGGUGUUCCUCGAAGACCCAAACGACCCUAGAGGCUGUAUAUACUUUCAGGCAUCCGUGCAUGUCCUGAGACACUCCACGGCCAUCUACCCAGGGUUCCAGUGCUCUGUGCAUGUCGGGAACGUGCGUCAGACGGCCAUUAUCGAGGGUAUAAUGUCUCCGAACAACGUGCUGAGGGCGGGCGAGGGGGCCUCCGUGCUGUUCAGGUUCGCCCGCUGUCCGGAGUACCUCGUGCGGGGCCGCCGGCUGCUGUUCACGGCGGGGCUGGGGACCAGAGCCAUCGGCCGGGUCACGCAAACCUUCCCAACAUCCGACGCCGACGAUUCCGGCGACGAGUGCUACGGGAGUCUACCCCCGGAGCCUCGUUUCGGGAACGUCGAGUACAAACUGCAGCUGGUCUCGCCGUGCGAGCGACGCUUCCAGCACCUGGUGACGCAACUGAAGUGGUGGCUGCGCUCGGGCGGCGGCGCGGCGGUGUACGUGGUGGGCGUGCGCGACUGCGGCGCGCUGCGCGGGCUGCGGGCGGGCGCGCUGCGGGCUUCGCUGCGCGCGCUGCGGGACAUGGCGCGCGCGCUCGGCGCCGCGCUAGUGGGUGCGCGGGCCCGCCGCGUGGCGCCCGCGCGCGCCGUCUCCGAGGUGUACAUCCGCAAGCUGGCGGACACGCAGCAGAGCGUCGAGCUGCGGGUCGCGGUGAUGGGGGCGAACGAGGCGGGCAAGUCGACGCUCAUAGGCGUUCUCACUCAAGGUGAACUCGAUAACGGUAGAGGGAGCGCUCGCCUGAACAUGUUCAGGCAUUUGCACGAAGUGAAAAGUGGUAGGACGUCCUCGCUCAGCCACGAGAUACUCGGCUUCGAUGCUCAGGGUAAUGUCGUCAACUACGGUUGUUCCGAGCCGAUGACAGCGGAGCGCAUCGGAGAGAGGAGCGCCAAGCUGGUGUCUUUCCUGGACCUGGCGGGCCACAGCAAGUACCAACGUACCACGCUCCACGGGCUCACGGGUUACUCCCCGCACUACGCCAUGCUCGUUAUUUCGGCAACAGCCGGUAUAACUCGCAUCACAGAAGAACACAUCGGUCUUCUGCUGGCUUUGGACAUGCCGUUCUUCGCAGUCAUCAACAAGUGUGAACUGGUUAGCAACAUCAAUGCUGUUGUAGCGAGGCUGGCUCAAUUGUUGGAACCCGCUAAUGAGAAACCGCUGUUAAUAACUGACGAGAAUAUGGCAAGGAACUGCGUUACGCCGCAAAAGUCGAUACUGGACACCAUAGACAAUCUAGACAACGAAAUCAAAAAGGAUGAGGAGGUGGCCGUGUUCCCGGGGAGCUGCGUGCGCGGUGCCGAACUCAACGCGCUGCACGCGUGCCUGCUGGCGCGCCGCGACCUGCAGCGCCCCGAGGACGAGGCGUGCGAGUUUCAAAUAGACGAAAUUUUCCACGUAAGGGACUCGACGGGGCCCGUCGUGGGGGGACUGCUCGCGCGAGGGCGACUCUACGAGGGCGACGAACUUAUCAUAGGACCUCUGGAGUCCGGCGAGUUCGCGGAGAUAUCCGUGCGCACGAUAUACCGCAACCGCGUCCCGUGCGGCACCGUGCGCGCGGGACAGUCGGCGUCGCUGGGCCUGGGUCGCUUCCCGCCGGGACUGCGGCAGGGCAUGGUGCUGCUAGCGCGGCCAGGGGGCUACGCCGCGGGACACGAGCGGCCCACCUUCGGAGGCUGUCCGCCCGGGACUUGCAGAGGACGACAGAUAUCAGAACUAGUCCACUCGUCGCAAGCUUCGGAGAAGAAUCGAAAGAACGCGAGGAGACAGAACAAUAAUAUCCUCCAGGACAUCGCCAACGUGAAGAACAGCCUCACGAAGAAAUCGGACACGAAGUGCACGAACGUCGACACGCAGGACAAGUGCGUGUGUGACGACCUGGUGUUCCUCGAAGACCCAAACGACCCUAGAGGCUGUAUAUACUUUCAGGCAUCCGUGCAUGUCCUGAGACACUCCACGGCCAUCUACCCAGGGUUCCAGUGCUCUGUGCAUGUCGGGAACGUGCGUCAGACGGCCAUUAUCGAGGGUAUAAUGUCUCCAAACAACGUGCUGAGGGCGGGUGAGGGGGCCUCCGUGCUGUUCAGGUUCGCCCGCUGUCCGGAGUACCUCGUGCGGGGCCGCCGGCUGCUGUUCACGGCGGGGCUGGGGACCAGAGCCAUCGGCCGGGUCACGUAAACCUUCCCGUACAUACCAUGAAUUCUA